UUUCUUGUCUUGUUGUGAAGUUGUUUGGAUAGAUGUAUUAUUUUUUGUCGUCGAUUUAGAUGAAAAAUGGAAAAUAUGUGUAGAUUAUGUUUAUCAUUCUCUAAUGGGUGUUUACACAAUUUUUCAGACGACCGUGGCAUUACACAAAACAUUCAGACAUGCUUUUCGAUAAAAGUCGAAUGCAACUCUCUACUGCCCAACCAAAUUUGCGAAUUAUGCUUGACAAAGAUCAAUGAAGCUUGCGAUUUUAAAAAUAAAAUAAUUGAAAAUGAGCGUAUAUUAUUAGAGCAUUUAAAAUACGAUAAAGAUAUCAAUCAUUUAAAUCAAAAUGUCAGAAGUAAUAUUCAACCAAAAUCUGAAUAUGUUGAAGAUAAAGAGAAUUCAUCGAAUAAUAUUCCAAUAAAUAUUGAAGAAAUAAAACAAGAAUUUGACGAAGCAGAAGAAACAUACACAUCCGAUAAUGAAACCUUAUCUAAACUGAAUGAAGAUAAAUUCAAAUUAGAAAUAAAUAAUGAAGAAGUAACAAAGACAAUAAUAGAAACACAUAAAUGCUUGACAUGUUUUCAAAUAUUGGAUACACAAACAGAUCUAAUAAAACAUUACAAAUCUGUGCAUUUCAAAAAGAAAGAUAAUGACAAAAGUUUUGAUUAUAGCACACAAAUGUGUGAUAAAUCUACUGUCUAUAAAUGUAAUAUGUGUAGUAAAGAAUAUAGCAGUAAAAAGAACAUUCAUAGACAUUUGAUUGGACAUUCGGAUUUUAGGCCAUAUCUUUGUAAAAUAUGUGGACGGACAUACAAAACAGUGUCAGAAAUAAUCAGACAUGGUCGUGUCCACAGCGAGGUCAGGUUGUACUGUUCUCAUCAAUGUGGGUACAGCACAGUAUAUUUAGGAGCCCUAAGGUCACACGAGAAGAGACAUGAUAAGACUGAAUACAAAUACAAAUGUGAUAUAUGCGGCAAAGGAUUUGAAGUCAAGACUUGGUAUGAGCAGCAUCAGAAUGUUCACACUGGCACGAAGCCGUAUGUCUGUGACAUUUGUGGUCUAGCGUUCCAUAUGGACAGAUAUCUUACUGCCCACCGAAGCUCUGUUCACCCACAAUCUUCAAACCUCAAAAGAUAUGUAUGUUUACAUUGUUUUUUGCCGUGUGACUCGAAAAAAGCUCUCACUGAACAUCUACAGGUACAUGGUAUCAAAACAAGUAUACUCUGUGACGUAUGCGGAAAAACGUUAUCGAACGCUGAACAACUGAAAUUCCACAUGAGAACGCAUUUAGGUGAAAAACCUUAUACCUGCAGCACUUGCAACAAAUCGUUCACGAAGAAGUACAAUCUGCAAGUUCACCGGCGCGCGCACGGCGGGCAGCGCGCGCAUGCGUGCGCGCAGUGCGGCCGGCGCUACACGCAGCGCAGCGCGCUACACAGGCACCGCGCCAGACAUCACGCUGGUACUGUGGACUGUGUUAAGAAUCAAAAAUCUUUCCCGCCUGCAAAUGUGGAGAUACCCAAUAAUUUGUAAAUCAAAUUCUAUAAAAAAAAAUUAAAAUCUCAAUCUGAAUUAAAUAAAAAACAACUCAAAGACUGAAUCAAAUAAGUUAAAUUAUAUGAAAAUAAAAUGCAUUUUUAAUUAAGUACAAUGCUUUUGUUAUUUGUAAAAUCUCAACCGAAAG